GUCGUUGUCUCGUUAGGCGUGGGCAAAAAAAAAACAGUUUGUCAGUGUUUUUUAUCGGUGACGGUUGUGUGAAAAGUUGUGUGCCAAGUACAUUUUGUAACAAGUCUUAGUGUUGAACAACUACACGAUGUCGGAUGAAAUCGCAGAGAAUGGAACAACUAACGGAGAUGUCCCAGAAAUCGAGCUCAUUAUUAAGGCAUCCACCAUCGACGGGCGACGGAAGGGAGCAUGUCUUUUCUGCCAGGAGUACUUCAUGGACCUAUAUUUAUUAGCUGAACUCAAAACAAUCAGCCUAAAGGUGACAACAGUAGACAUGCAGAAGCCGCCGCCAGACUUCCGCACCAACUUCGAAGCGACGCACCCGCCCAUCCUAAUCGACAACGGCCUCGCGAUACUGGAGAACGAGAAGAUUGAGAGGCACAUCAUGAAGUCGGUACCUGGGGGGCACAACUUAUUUGUACAGGACAAGGAAGUAGCAUCGUUGAUCGAGAACCUCUACUCAAAGUUGAAGCUGGUGCUCGUGCGCAAGGACGAACAGAAGUCGGCGGCGCUGCGCGCGCACCUCGGCCGCAUCGACGCCUUGCUCGAGCGCAGGGAGACCAGGUUCCUGACUGGCGACACCAUGUGCUGUUUCGACUGCGAGCUGAUGCCGCGGCUGCAGCACAUCCGCGUCGCCGGGAAAUACUUCGUAGACUUCGAAAUACCAACGAGCUUCCGCGCUCUGUGGCGUUACAUGUACCACAUGUACCAGCUGGACGCGUUCACACAGAGCUGCCCCGCCGACCAGGACAUCAUCAACCAUUACAAACUACAGCAGUUAUCAGCGAAAGGUCUUGGUCUAUCCCCGACGCUGGUGCGGCAAAACGGCCAGGAUUCGGCGCUGAAAAUGAAGAAACACGAAGAACUGGAGACGCCCACGUUCACGACCUCGAUUCCAAUCGAUGUAAACGACUUGAAUAACACAGAGUAACAUUUCUUUUACAUUUUGUGGAGCGAAAUUGAGCCUUGGUACAACAGUUAUUGGGCGUGAAAUCUAUUGUAAAUGUCCACCGUUUUGAAAUUAAGUUCACGAUUUUUAUUGUUGGUAAAUCGCAUUUAGAAUGGCGCCAAUCUUGACUCGUGGCUGUAGUUCGUGCUUGCCAACAUUGUUUUUAAUGUUUUUUUUCUAUUGGGUUUUUAAAUUGCUUAACUGGAUUAAAAAUAUAAUCAAAACUUCUUUCCUUUUUACAUAGCGAUAAUUGAUUGAAAAUGCAUGUUUGGCGUUUUCUCAGGAAAUCACUAUAAAACAAAUUUGUGAUUGGCUGCCAAUACGAGGAACGUCAUUCUUAUUUUGGGUAAAGUAUCACAUGAGAAGUUGAAUAAAAAAUAUUAUGAAAUUAUAUUUUGGUAUGAGCAUUUUAUAUCAGCAAAUUUUAAGUAGGUACAUUGUGUUUUAGGUAUGCUAACUUACAUUAUGAAUAUGAUGGUGCGAUUGAAAUUAGAGCUUAAUGAUGUUGGAUGACCUUUGAGAGUCAAGUGAUAUUUUAGGCUAGCCACAUACGAGUUGAGAAAAUUAAACUUUGGCUUUAUUUAAUAUCAAAUUAUAAGGCAUUUUGAUAAUAUAUAUGAUACAUAUAUUCUAGCCUAAAAUGCGCGAAGUGUAUUGCAAUUAUGUAGAUUUGUAUCAAUUUUUCAAACACCAUCUUUUGAUUCGAUAUUGAAAGCACACGAGAAAUGACAGUGGCCAUGAAACGUUUGGUUAGAAAUAUAUUAACUUCUGUUAUAUUUAUUUAUUUAAUUGAUUUAGGAUUUGGCAGAGGUGCUGAGCCUUUUACGUAAAACCCGCGACUUUCAUUUUUGUUAAACCUGAUAAAUCGUGUUAUUGUCGUUGACAGAAAAUGGUACAUUAGAUGUUUUAAGUUUUAGCAUAGUUUCAGCGUUCAAAGCGUUCAAACAACGAAUAGACGUGCAGAGAUAUUUUUUGUAUUAUAAAUAUUCACAAUAGUUGUAAGAUUGGUUUACAGUAUUCAUUUAUUUUUGUUCUCUUUGGACUCUUAGUUUAGUGAUAGGUUAUAGACGGAAAACUUCACCGCCAUUUUUUUCGAACCUCUGCCUUUUAUUUUUUAUUCUACAUUAAUUUUGGAUUAGCGAAGUUAUUUUAAUACCAUUAUUGCAACAUUUGUGACAGCUCUUGCCUGCCCCAAUGUUACCUGUCAAAGUUAUAUUGUUAUACAUAAGUACUUACUUAUUUUCUGUUAUAGAAACUAUUUUCUUACAAUGUCCGUGUUAUGUAAUUUCUAAUUUAUGUUUGUGACCCCUUGAGUAGAAUGUUAGAAAGCGAUGCUUUAAGUUGGACCACCUAUUUAUUUAGUAGACAUUUUUUUUUAUUUCUCAGGUUUUGCCAAUAUAUUUUGAUAGCAAGAUAGCAAGCAAUAAUGACAAACAUAGUUAUACACAGACACACACACACAGACAAGGGCGAGACACAACCAACAUGUCAGAUGGACAAUGUAUAAAAUAUUAAUACUAGACAUACUAGAUUAUAAUGUAAAUGUUAAGGAAUAAAGCUGGAUAAAUAUUA